AUGGCUUCAGCGGCAUAUUUCAAUAGUGCAAACUGCGGAACUCAAGUAGGCUACAAUAGCGGCCAUAUCACCAAUAAUAUAUAUCACCCCCAAGAACGACCAGAAAUAUCAGCAGAUCAGACCUGUCUACGGGAUCUACAAACGACCAACCCCCGCGAUGACAAGACUCGCAUUGAGAAAGCCAAGGGAGGACUCCUCAAAGAUUCGUAUCGCUGGGUGCUGCAGAACAAUGAUUUCCAAAAGUGGCGCUUGGAUGAGGAGGUUCGUCUUCUCUGGAUUCAAGGUGAUCCUGGAAAAGGAAAGACUAUGCUCCUCUGCGGCAUUAUCGAUGCGUUAAGAAGCUCAAUUGACAACCCUGCCAUGAAUAUGUCGUACUUCUUCUGCCAGGCAACUGAUGAGCGCACCAAUAAUGCCACUGCGGUUCUGCGCGGCUUAAUAUUCAUGCUUGCUUGCGAGCAGCCUUCUGUUAUCCACCAUAUCCGAAGACGGUACGAUCAGACCGGAAAGCAACUAUUCGAGGAUGCAAAUGCGUGGCAGACUUUGUCCGCCAUCUUAUCGAACAUUCUAAUGGACCCAACUUUGCAAGACACUUAUUUCAUCGUCGACGCGCUGGAUGAAUGUACCACAGACCUCUCUCUCCUCGUUGAUCUCAUAGCCCAGACAUCGUCGCCUGGUAACGCACGCGUGAAAUGGAUUGUCUCUAGUCGAAACUGGCCGAUCAUCGAAGAGUAUUUUGAGGUCGUAACUCAAAAAACAAGACUUUCGCUGGAGUUAAACGCGACCUCUAUUUCUGAGGCCGUUACUAUCUACAUUCAGCAUAAAGUUCAGCAAUUGGCAGAGAAAAAGAGGUAUACGGCUGCCGUUCGGGAUGUCAUCACUCGUCAUCUCAUGUUGAACGCCGAAGAUACCUUUCUCUGGGUAGCAUUGGUGUAUGAAGUGCUAGCCAAGGCCAGGCCUUGGAACACUUCUAGACUACUGACUUCCUUUCCUCCCGGACUUGAUUCCCUCUAUAGGCGAAUGCUGCAGCAGAUUCGCGAGUCCGAGGAUGCAGAGCUUUGCAACAGAAUACUCAGUGUGGCUUCAACUGUCUACCGGCCUAUCACAUUGAAUGAACUAGGAGCCUUGGUUGAUAUGCCCGACGAGAUCUCGACAGAAGACGACGACCUCCCAUCCGACGGCUUUCUCUCGGACAUCAUAAGACUGUGUGGCUCAUUUCUGACAUUACGAGAAAACACCGUCUUCUUUGUUCAUCAGUCCGCAAGGGACUUUCUGACUAUUAAGGCCCGGGAUGAAGUGUUCCCAAGAGGUGUACCCGCCGAGCACCACGCAAUCUUUUCACGCUCCAUAGAUAUUAUGACCACGUCACUUCGUCGUAAUAUCUAUGAGAUCACAUUCCCAGGGCUACAAAUUGACCAAGUUAGACAGCCGAGUCCGAACCCAUUAGCAGCAGCACACUACUCUUGUCUUUAUUGGGUUCAUCAUCUUCAAGAUGGAUAUUGUAGUGAGAGCGCAGAUCUUGAGCUCCACGAUCUCCAGUCCGUGGACACCUUUCUACAGCAAAAAUACCUUCACUGGAUUGAAGCGCUUUGCCUAAUAAGAAACGUUCCAAAGGGCAUAGAGGCAAUGCUUAAGCUUGAGGGUUUAUUUAAGGUUCGGCGUCACCUUGACUUGGAAUUGAGCAUCUCAUCUCACUAA